GCACUCACCUUCCCCCAUGUCUCCUCACACAAUGACCCUGGAAUCCCUGGGAAACAGCAGCAGCAGCAUUUCCUCUACCUUCCUGCUGAGUGGCAUUUCUGGGCUGGAGCACAUGCACAUCUGGAUCUCCAUCCCACUGUGCUUCAUGUACCUGGUCUCCAUCCUGGGCAACUGCACAAUUCUUUUUAUCAUUAAAACACAGCGCUCGCUCCAUGAGCCUAUGUAUCUCUUCCUGUCCAUGCUGGCUCUGAUUGACCUGGGUCUGUCGCUUUGCACUCUGCCUACAGUCCUGGGCAUCUUUUGGGUUGGAGUACGAGAAAUCAGCCAUGAUGCCUGUUUUGCUCAGCUCUUCUUCAUUCACUGUUUGUCCUUCCUCGAGUCCUCUGUGCUACUGUCUAUGGCCUUUGACCGCUUUGUGGCUAUCUGCCGCCCCUUGCACUAUGCUUCCAUUCUCACCAACACAGUCAUUGGCAGGAUUGGCCUGGUCUCUCUGGGUCGUAGUAUAGCACUUAUUUUUCCAUUGCCUUUUAUGCUCAAAAGAUUCUCCUAUUGUGGCCUCCCAGUUCUCUCACAUUCUUACUGUCUCCACCAAGAAGUGAUGAAAUUGGCCUGUGCUGACAUCAAGGCCAACAGCAUCUAUGGCAUGUUUGUCGUUGUCUCCACAGUGGGUAUAGACUCCCUGCUCAUUCUCUUCUCUUACGCCCUGAUCCUGCGCACCGUGCUUUCCAUCACCUCCAGGGCUGAGAGACUCAAGACUUUUAACACCUGUGCCUCCCACAUCUGUGCUGUGCUGCUCUUCUACACUCCCAUGAUUGGCCUCUCUGUCAUCCAUCGCUUUGGAAAGCAGGUACCCCACCUGGUCCAGGUGGUCAUGGGUUUCAUGUAUCUUCUCUUCCCUCCUGUGAUGAAUCCCAUUGUCUACAGCGUGAAGACCAAACAGAUCCGGGAACGAGUGACUCAUGCCUUUUGUAACUGUGUCUAGUGUUAGAGGCAAUGUCUCCUGAAACAUGACCUUGUUUUCCUA